AUGGUCUUCUCCACCGACGGCGAGGUGCCCUACAAGGAGGGCCAGUCCAUCGGCGUCGUCGCCGACGGCCAGGACAAGAACGGCAAGCCCCACAAGCUCCGCCUCUACUCCAUCGCCAGCAGCGCCCUCGGCGACUUCGGCGACGCCAAGACCGUCUCGCUGUGCGUCAAGCGGCUCGUCUACACCAACGACGCCGGGGAGGUCGUCAAGGGCGUCUGCUCCAAUUUCCUGUGUGAGUCCCAACUCCCAGAGAUGAGGAAAUCUGCAUUUUUCGGCUCUGAAAAAUCUGAAAAAAGCGACCUGAAGCCCGGUGCCGAUGUCAACAUAACAGGGCCGGUAGGCAAAGAAAUGCUCAUGCCUAAAGACCCAAAUGCUACUAUCAUCAUGUUCAAUGGCCUAGCCUGGCUCUUCUUGGGAGUUCCGACCAGCAGCUCUCUGCUCUACCCAGAGGAGUUUGGGAAGAUGAAGGCGAAGGCGCCGGACAACUUCCGGGUCGACUACGCCAUCAGCAGGGAGGAGACCAACGUGGCGGGAGAGAAGAUGUACAUCCAGACCAGGAUGGCAGAGUACAAGGAUGAGCUGUGGGAGCUUCUGAAGAAAGACAACACCUAUGUGUACAUGUGUGGACUGAAGGGCAUGGAGAAGGGUAUUGAUGAGAUCAUGAUCCCAUUGGCUUCAAAAGAAGGGAUCGACUGGAUAGACUACAGGAAGCAACUGAAGAAGUCGGAGCAAUGGAACGUCGAAGUCUACUGA